AACAAUAUUAAAAAUAUUGGAUUCCUCUUUUAUUCUUUUUUACUCUUAAAGGCUAAAAUUAUUAUUACUCUGACUUCUCUCUACCUUCUUCGUCUCCAACUUCUACCGAUUGAUUCUAUCCGUCCGGAUCUUACGCGACGGCUCAGUUCAAGGGAUAAAUGCUUGUAUGAAUGAUGUAGAAGAAGGAAAUGAUAUCUGCCAUGAAGUUAUAGAUACUACCGCUUGUGUUUAGAAAUCUGGGUGAAGAAGCUCUUUGCCUCUGUUAUCAUUCACAGGCUUAAAGUCCUUUUUUUUCUCAGAAAGGGGGACAUAACUGGUGAUCCCUGAGGAUUUGGAAUUGGAUUCACAUCAUGCCUUACUUUGCUCAGAGGCUUUACAAUACUUGCAAGUCGUCAUUCUCUUCAGGCGGACCAAUAUCAGACGAGGCCCUGGAGAAAGUUCGCAAUGUGUUGGAGAAAAUCAAGCCAUCUGAUGUUGGAAUUGAGCAGGAAGCUCAAUUGGCACGGACCAGGUCGGGUCCUCUCAAUGAACGCAACGGAAGUCAUCAGUCACCCGCGGCAAUAAAGUAUCUUCAUUUGCAUGAGUGUGACAGUUUUUCCAUAGGGAUUUUCUGUAUGCCACCUUCCUCUAUGAUACCACUUCAUAAUCAUCCGGGCAUGACUGUGCUAAGCAAGCUCAUUUAUGGUUCAAUGCAUGUGAAGUCAUAUGAUUGGCUAGAGCCUGACCUGACCGAACCAGAAGAUCCAUCACAAGCAAGACCCGCUAAACUGGUGAAGGAUACUGAGAUGACGGCUCCAACCCCAGCGACCACGUUAUAUCCGACAAGUGGUGGCAACAUUCAUUGUUUCAAAGCCAUCACCCAUUGCGCGAUUAUUGAUAUCUUAUCUCCACCUUAUUCUUCAGAUCAUGAUCGGCACUGCACUUACUUCCGGAAAUCCAGAAGAGAAGACUUACCUGGUGAAAUGGAAGUGGAUGGAGAAAUGGUGUCAGAGGUAACUUGGCUUGAGGAAUUUCAACCGCCUGAUGAUUUUGUGAUACGACGAGUUCCUUACAGGGGUCCUGUCAUUAGAACUUGAUUUUACGGGUAUCUCUAUAUUUUAUAUUAUUUACUUGUCACAUAAUUCUUGGCUGGUUCGGGUUUUUAGUAUUUAUUUAUAUCAAACUAUUCGUUUGGGAAAAUAAUAAUCUAUAAAAAAUUGGGGUCUUUUUUUUUGUAUAUUGCAAACGGGAUUGUACAUACUGAUUUGUGAUAAAGCGUCCGGUUUCAUUAUAUAUUGCAAAAUAGUAUUUCUGAUAG